GACGUUAUAUUGUGAAACCAUUGUCACAAGAAUCAAUCUAGGUAGAUCGAUGAAUAAUUUAUCUAUUUACUUUGAGAUGAAUGAGAGAAGCGAAAGACUUAAUCACGGUUAAAUUUAAUAAAGUGCGUUCAAAAAACUUGAAAGCAUGCUUGUAAUCUUCUAUAAUUUUUUCCAUGGCUAUAAACUUUUUAUCUAUGUUGUAAAUUUUACAUUAAUGAAGGAUUUUUAAGAAAAUCUACAUUCAUUGGUUUAUAUUGGAGCGGCUCAUGUUGAUUGAAUAAAUAUGGUAGCAAUCUGAUUUUUAUCCAAUCGACUUAAGUUAGCUGUUAUCCUUAUGAAUAUAGGAGGAGCUGUUCAGCUGUCGACUUGGACCAUUACCGUAUCUGUUGCUAGGGAAGUUGUUUUGACAACCAACUCCUCGUCUAGCUCUCUAUUUGAAUGAGAGUCUGACUGUCUUGUCUACGCUAUCACUUUCAAAUAUAAUGUGUUUACAUUCAUUGAAUGAAUAGAAGAGCAUAAUUUAAUUAAACACUAUGACAUUGAUGUAAAUGUGAACUGAGACUUGUUAUGUUUUAAUAAAAUAAAUAUAAAUGAAGUUUUCUCACUAAUAUUUCUACUUUUCUUGACUCAACUAUUUACAUUUAAAAUGUCGACAAGCAGCAAACGCUCCAAGUCAAGUAAAUAUGACAGUCCUAAUAAUGAACAGAAUUAUCAGCCUAGCUGGCUGGAUAAUAAAAGAAAGAAUUCAUCAACAUCCCAAUCUCAUCUUCAAUUUGAAACUCCACACAAACGAGCAAUGCAAGGAGGAAUUCUAUCAAAAGUUGAUGAUUAUCUUGCACCAUUGGAAGAUUUUGCUUGUAAUCAAAGAGCUAGGAUGAGCAAAGCUAGAGAAAUGGCAAAGACACCACAUGAUUUGAUUGAUUUCUUGGAAGCUGACCAAAAAUUAACAGAGUCCAGUUAUCCAAAUCGAGAGCUACCGUUAUUUUUUGAUUCUUCAGACGCCUUAUCAUCAACUAGAACUCAUAGAGAGGAACACAUUAAAAAACGUACUCCUCCACAGACUUGCAACCUCAAAGAAGUUAUCAAAGAUUUGCGAGAACGAGAUAUAGAAGGAUUCCACUAUUAUCUCAAGUAUUGUGUUCCAAGAAGCUCUGAAUUCUAUCAUCCAUAUUGUUUGAAAAUUGUGCCAUACACAGAGAUUGAUCAGAACAUGUUCAUGACAAUCAGUAGCCAUGGUGUUCUCAUCUAUGAGAACGGACAAAAGCAGUUUACAAAAUUGGAAAACUGGGAGCGUGAUUAUGACUAUUAUACCAAACUGACAAAGAUAAAGCUAUUCUCAACAUUCCCGAAAUGGAAAUGCUUCCACACGUGGUUCAAAAAUGUAACAAGAAACAAGUUCAUGAAAGCUCGAAAAGCGAUUUGUGAACAACUAUUUCUGUUGGAUCCAGUACUGCAGCAAGCGUCACUCACCAUUAAAUUACUUAUCGGUGACAUGUCUGAAUUCACUUUUAUGGACUCGUCCAGCAUUGAAAGGAAUCAACUGCAAGACUUUGUCAAUCUACAGUUGAAGAAAAAAGACGAAGUACUCCAAUGUUUAGCGAAAUUUCACACAGAAAUACGAAAAAUUCUAUACAAUGCAUGCAUCGACUAUCUUUGGUCACUAGGAUUCACACCAGAUGACAGCAAUCUAAGAGUUCCAUCUCAUCUUGUUGGCACGAUUGCCAUGAAAGGAGUAACGACAACAAAAGAUGGUAGAUAUCGAAUGUCAUACACCGAUAAAAUGAAUAAGCGGAAAGCUUGUGCAAAACUUGCUAGGUUCAUCACUCAGUGUGAUAUAAUGGUUCAGAAUCUAUUCUAUAAGAUCAUCUCCAACUCACUGAAACAUCUGCAUGCAUUGGUAAGAAGGCACAUGGCUCAUCUCCCUCAUCACAAUGUUUUUGAAGUGGAAGAUUCGUUGACUGUUCAUUUUGAACAAAAACGAGAAAAGCGACCCAAGUUUCCACUGUUCUAUUGCACUCUGGAUUCAACAACCGAUAAUUUAUACAUAAAGCCCGACGCUGAAGAGUUUGUGAGCACAUUUGAGAGUUUGAUGGACAUUUGGCAGAAAACUAUUCAAACCCUAAAAUCGUUUGUGGAUGAUGAAUUAUUCGACAAAUUCACAGAGCCUACAAUCUGCGACGAACAAGAAGAAAGGCUUAUUGGAAAUGGAAUAUCAUUGUCAUUCAUAUUGGAAGGAGACUCCGUAGCUCAUAAAUUCAAAAAUGAAACCAUUCAUAAUAUAAAUGUGAAUAUGGACUUUGUUCACAAAUACAUACAGCGCUUCAAUGGCCUCAGGGAUAAUUAUAAAACUAAUGAGGAGUUGGAUUGCAGGCUUAUAACCGAUCAAAAAGUUUUGGAAUCAUUUCGGAAUCUCUUGUCCCUUUAUAAAAGUGAAAUAAAGUCUAUUGAGUGCGUCAUCGAGAUUCAAUGCAUUGGACUGAUUGAAUUGAUAAUUACUGACUUCAAAAAGAAAAUUCUUCCCUCAUCCAUAAGAUUACUAGAACUCACAGAGGUUUCUCUUCCAAGACUUGGAAAGGAAUUGAUUGAUGCCUUAUUAGCCGAGGGACAGGAUGCUGCAAUGUAUCUUGAGAUCGAACCAAGGACUACUCAGGACUUUGUCGAAUAUCUAAGUUUUUUGGAGAAGGUCUCGUUGAGGGUUGAACAAAUGGAAAACGAAUUGGAAUAUUGCAGGGAAUUGUAUGAUAUUAUUGAAGAGUAUGAAGUACCAUGUGCUCCGGAAGAGAUUGAAAAUUGUAAUACGUUUGGAAGUGUACUGAGCAAUCUGCACAAUCUAGUUGCAAAAAUAAUUGAAGAUCGUGAGAAAAUUAUUUCCAAAUUCAAUGACCAGAUGAACAGAGACAUAAGCAACCUGAGUGAAGAGGUUGAUCAUAUCAGAAAUGAAGCCUUGCAACCUUGGCUAAUUGACAUAAAUUCAAACCCAGAAGACGCGAAAUCAGCUCUAACCAGUCUUAUAGAGCAGCUGACUGAGUGCCAGAAGAGUGCUAAUGAAUACAGAGCUCAUCAGAAAGCAUUCAAGGUUGAAGUAACACGAUUUGAUCGUUUGGAUGAGGCCAUGAAUGAUGUCAAGUUGAGACUUCUUCUAUGGGAAAGCCUUGAAGGCUGGGGAAAUUAUGUCAAUGAAUGGACCUACAAUGAUUUUGACACUCUCAAUCCGGAGGAUAUGAAUCAAGCUACGGCGAAAUUCCUGAAAAAUUGCUUACAAUUUGAAAGAGGCUUGCCGACCAAUUUGAUUGUGUCAAAAUUGAAGGAGAGCGUUGAACUCAUGAAAGAUAAGCUUCCAAUCAUCACUUCAUUGAGAAAUCCCAACAUGAAGCCUCGGCAUUGGUUGAAAGUUGAAGAAAUUUUGAACUACAAGUUUUCGCCUGGUGAGAAGAAAACACUUAAACUAUUGGAAGAUAUCGGAGCAUUUUUGUCUGCGCAAGAACUCCAAGAAAUAUCAGGUCAAGCCAGCUCUGAAGCUAGCCUUGAAGCUUUGUUAAAAAAGGUUGAAGAUGCAUGGAACUCAUUGGAAUUCAGUGUGUUGCCUCACCGAGAUUCGAAACAAGUGUUCAUACUUGCUGGACUGGAGGAGGUUCAGGCGGCGCUUGAUGAGAGCAACAUCAAUAUAAUGACAAUUGCCAGCUCGCGACAUGUGGGGCCCAUAAAGACACGAGUCGAUGGAUGGUCCAGCAAACUCGAUCUUUUCGCAAGAACUUUGGAUGAGUGGUUGACUUGUCAAACAAACUGGCUCUAUCUUGAGUCGAUAUUUUCUGCGCCCGACAUCCAACGUCAGCUUCCUUAUGAAUCGAAACUUUUCAUGGCUGUUGACCGAUCGUGGAAGGAAAUUAUGCGCCGAACAGCCAAGAAUCCAUUAGCGAUGCCUGCUUGCACAUAUCCAGGAUUGUUGGAAACGUUCCAGAAUAAUAACAGUUUACUGGAUCAAAUCAUGAAAUGUCUAGAAGCUUACUUGGAAACAAAGCGAGUUGUAUUCCCUCGUUUUUAUUUCUUGUCUAAUGAUGAACUUAUUGAAAUUCUUGCUCAGACAAGAAACCCGUUCGCCGUACAACCACAUUUGAGAAAAUGUUUCGAUGCAAUAGCCAAAUUGGAGUUUGGAGUGAAAAGCCUUGAAGGUAAUGCAGAAGAAGCAGCCACUGAAAUGGUCAAGUCAACUGAAUACACCACUGAUAUCAUUGCUAUGAUCUCACCAGAGGGUGAGAGGGUUUCACUUGGAAAGGGAUUGAAAGCAAGAGGCAAUGUUGAAGAUUGGCUUGGCAAAGUAGAACAAUCCAUGUUCAGCUCGCUUCAUAAACAGAUGAAAGAGUCAUUGGAUGACUUCAAGGAGAAGAAGAGAUCUGAAUGGGUUCUGUUACAUCCUUCUCAGAUUGUAUUGACUAUUUCGCAAGCCAUGUGGUGUAGAGAUGUUCAAGAAAUAUUUACUACAAAUAACAAUGGAACUAGUAUUGAUAUGAAACUGGAAGCAUUCGAGAAAAAAUGUUACAAAGAUUUGAACCAAUUGGCGGCAAUGGUGCGCGGAGAUUUGGAUCGAUUGAAGAGGAUGAUACUGUGUUCGCUCAUCACCAUAGACGUACAUGCAAGGGACAUUAUAACGUCAAUGGUUCACAAUAAAGUGAGAUCAAGCGAUAAUUUCGAAUGGCAGAAGCAACUGCGCUACUACUGGGAAACAGACAUCAACAACUGUGUGGCUCGCAUGUCGAACGCGCGCUACGUGUAUGGCUUCGAGUACCUGGGUGCGUCGCCGCGUCUGGUCAUCACUCCCCUCACCGACAAGUGCUACCUCUGCCUGAUGGGUGCUCUCCAGCUCGAUCUUGGGGGAGCACCCGCGGGUCCGGCUGGCACUGGGAAAACUGAAACAACAAAGGAUCUGGCUAAAUCGCUAGCAAUCCAGUGUGUUGUCUUCAAUUGUUCGGAAGGUUUAGAUUACAAGAUGAUGGGCAGAUUCUUUAGUGGGUUGGCGCAGUCGGGUGCCUGGUGCUGUUUCGACGAAUUCAACAGAAUCGACAUCGAAGUGUUGUCAGUCAUCGCUCAACAGCUCAUCACUAUUAGAAACGCCAAAGUAGCCAAAGCAUCAAGAUUCAUGUUUGAAGGUCGAGAAAUCAAAUUAGUGAUGACUUGCGCGGCUUUCAUCACGAUGAACCCAGGAUAUGCUGGACGAACAGAACUGCCCGACAAUCUCAAGUCAUUAUUCCGUCCUAUGGCCAUGAUGGUGCCUGAUUACGGAUUAAUUGCGGAAGUGAUACUGUACUCUGAAGGAUUCGAAUCAUCUAAGGCUUUAUCGAAGAAGAUGGUCAAUAUGUAUAAACUAUGCAGUGAACAACUUUCACAGCAGGAUCAUUAUGAUUUCGGAAUGAGGGCACUUAAAAGUGUAUUAGUGAUGGCUGGUUCUCUGAAAAGAGAAAAUCCGGAUAUCAGUGAAGAUUUAGUGCUAAUUAGAGCACUCAGAGACAGUAAUCUGCCAAAAUUCUUGAGCGAUGAUGCCAUACUAUUCCACGGAAUCAUGAACGAUCUCUUCCCAGGUUCUGUUCUUCCGGAACAGGACUAUGGCGCUCUGCUUGAAGCAAUUGAAGAAGUGCUAGUGAACAACUCUCUACAGCCUGAAGCCUGUUCCACUGCAAAGGCCAUUCAGCUGUAUGAGACUAUGAUUGUUAGACAUGGUGUGAUGACUGUUGGUCCUACGGGAGGUGGCAAGACAACUGUACUCAAUGCUUUGAAAUGGGCUCUGACAAGACUACAUGAGAAAGGAGUUGAAGGACCCUAUUACCGGCCAGUCAAUACUUAUACGAUGAAUCCGAAAGCUGUUACUAUGGGAGAGCUUUAUGGUGAAGUCAAUCCUCUGACAUUGGAAUGGAAAGACGGCUUACUGGGCAUUUUUGUUAGACUCUCUGUUCAGUGCGAUGAAGAAAUUCAUCAAUGGGUGAUAUGUGACGGACCAGUUGAUGCUGUUUGGAUAGAGAAUAUGAACACAGUUCUGGAUGAUAACAAAAUGUUAUGCUUGGCCAAUUCCGAAAGAAUAAAGCUGACUCCGUGGGUCCACAUGCUAUUCGAAGUGCAGGAUCUUGCACAAGCAUCCCCAGCCACAGUGAGCAGAUGUGGCAUGGUUUACAUAGACCCCUGUGAGUUGAGGUGGAUGCCCUAUGUCAAGACCUGGCUUAAGUUGUUGACAAACACUUUUCCCAUGAUCGGUGAAUUCAAUCAUUACAUCGUUGGUUUGUUUGAAGCGUAUGUCGAUGAUGCCUUAACUUUUGUGAACAAGUCAUGUCAGUAUGCUAUUCAUCAGGUUGACAUCAGUAAAAUAACAAUGAUCUGCAGUAUGAUGCAAAGCCUAGUGACGGAGCCAGGUGUAUGGGACAAGUCGCUGGACAAGAGCCGACUCAAAACAAUCAUCGUGCAAAUAUUUCUCUUCUCUUUUAUCUGGUCAAUUGGCGGCAAUCUUCUCGACGACUCUCAACAGAAGUUCGAUGAAUACGCUUCCUCUCAAUUUGAGGACAACUCCGAUUUAAAUUUACCGCCUGGUGGAGGCUAUUGGCAGCUUUAUUUCAAUACAAAGAGUCGCUCUCUAGAACCAUGGGUUAGAAUAGUGGCGCCUUUCGUCUACAACUCAGAAACUCCCUUCUUCGAAAUGCUUGUGCCUACUGUUGAUACAGUCUGCUACGGCUUUAUAAUGGAGAAAUUACUUUCCGUCGAUCACCCCGUCCUUUAUACUGGAUACACAGGUGUCGGAAAAUCCGUAAUCGCCAAAGCAGUGCUGAACAGAAUGUUCGAUAGUGGAAAAUGGGUUACGGCAGCGUUGAAUUUCUCUGCCCAAACCAGCUCUCUGAGAACGCAGGAAAUGCUUGAGAACAAACUUGAAAGGAAGAAACGAACACUGCUCGGAGCACCUGUUGGCAAAAAGGUGGCCAUUUUUGUGGAUGAUGUCAACAUGCCCAAGCUAGAAACGUACGGUGCUCAAGCUCCCAUUGAACUCUUACGGCAAUUGCUGGACUUGAAAGGCCUGUACGACAGAGAGAAGCUGUUCUGGAAGGACAUUGAGGAGGUGGUGAUUUGUGCAGCGUGUGCUCCGCCCGGCGGAGGUCGCAAUCCACUAACUCCUCGCUUCGUCAGACAUUUUGCCAUGCUGCUCGUUCGCUCGCCAGAUGAGAAUAAUCUGAAAGUCAUAUUCCGGUCUAUACUGAGGGGCUUCUUUGAAGAUUUCUCUCGGCCAAUAACCGAAUCAGCCGACAGCAUUGUGAAUGCCGCCAUUGAGAUCUACCGCAGAAUAGCCGAGGAUCUGCUUCCAACUCCAGCCAAGUCGCAUUACAUUUUCAAUUUGCGUGACCUUUCAAAAUGCAUUCAAGGAGUCCUCCAAGCUGAUUCUGGAAUUAUAAGGGAGGUGGCUGAAAUUCAAAGAUUAUUCUAUCAUGAGUGUUUGCGAGUGUAUCAUGACAGACUGGUCAAUCAAGAAGACAAAAGCUAUUUUUACAAGAUGAUGACUGAAAUCUGCCAGAGAAGUCUGGGUACUCCCGUUUUGAAAGUCACCAGCCAAGAUCUGAUCAAAGAUCCGCCCGUUCUUCUGUUUGGAGAUUUCCUGAAAACGGUUUCCUCUGAAGAUCGUGUGUAUGAGGAGAUUAAAAAUAUCGAUAAACUGAAAAAUGUAUUACAGGAAACCCUGAUGGAUUACAAUUUGACUACUUCAAAAGAAAUGAAAGUGAUUUUCUUCAUGGAUGCAAUUGAGCACUGCAUUAGGGUGGCCAGAAUUUUGAGGUCGGAAAGAGGCAACGGUUUAUUGGUGGGAGUUGGUGGGAUGGGCAAACAGAGCAUCACUCGGCUUGCAUCUCAUAUCAAUGGUUACAAAUGUUUUCAAAUAGAGUUGACACGCACUUAUGACUACAACUCAUUCCAUGAGGAUCUCAGAAAUCUGUAUAAUCAUGCGGGAGUGCUCAAAGAGAAUACUGUAUUCCUAUUUGUUGAUACGCAAAUUAUUAUGGAGGAAUUCCUAGAGGAUAUCAAUAACAUUUUGAAUUCAGGAGAGGUUCCCAAUUUGUUUGAGGCGGAUGAGCUGGAAAAGGUGAUUUGUGCAUGUCGCCCGGCCGCCAAAGGCGCCGGCAUCGCUGAAAACAAUCGAGAUGGCAUAUUCGACUAUUUCAUAUCGAGAGUCAGAAGCAAACUUCAUCUAGUUAUCACUAUGAGUCCCAUAGGUGAAGAUUUCAGACGAAGAUGCAGAAUGUUUCCGUCUCUGGUGAAUUGUUGUACAAUUGAUUGGUUCGUGAAUUGGCCGGAAGAGGCUCUGAUGUCGGUUGCAGUUGAUGCUCUUCAACCAUUGAAUGAUGAAAACCUGAUCAGUAGCAUGUCUACAAUGUGCUACACUAUACAUUCGAGCGUUGAAAAAAUGACAGAUCGAUUCUUCAAUGAAAUGAGACGUCAUUAUUAUGUGACACCUAGCAGCUAUUUGGAACUCAUCAAACUCUAUCUAUCAUUACUGCAGAAAAAGCGAGAAGAAAAGAGAAAAAUGAGGGAACGAAUACAAAAUGGUUUACAGAAAUUGUACGAAACAAACGAAUUGGUGAUAAAAAUGCAACAUCAAAUCAAAGAAAUGGCACCGCAGUUGAGAGAGAAGUCUGAAGCGACAGUGAAACUGAUGUCUUACCUGGUCAAAGAGAAGUCAGCCGCUGAUGACGUUCGCAAAGUUGUCACCGAAGAGGAAGCUAUAGUCAAAGAAAAAGCGGCUGAAACUCAAGCUCUGGCUGAUGACGCUCAACGAGACCUGGACAUGGCUUUGCCGGCAAUGGAAGCUGCCUCGAAAGCACUCGAAUCCCUCAACAAGAAUGACAUCAAUGAGCUCAGAGUCUUCAAUAAACCUCCAAAUCUCGUCAAGUUUGUUAUGGAAGCAGUGUGCCUUCUACUUGGCCAAAAAGGAGAUUGGCAAACAUCAAAAGUUGUGCUUGGCGAUAUGAAUUUUCUAAAAAAGUUACAAGAGUACGACAAGGAUCAUAUACCUGAUAGUAUGUUGAAAAAACUGAAAGAUUACGUAGAUCACCCAGAGUUCGUUCCUGAUUUGGUGGCAACACAGUCGAAAGUGUGCAAGUCUAUGUGCAUGUGGGUGCGUGCCAUUGACACCUAUGCCAAGGUCUACAGAGUUGUCGAGCCCAAGAGAAAAAAGGUGGAGGCAGCCGAAAAGGAGCUGAACCAGGUUGUGAGCGUGCUGAAGCAGAAGCAGCAGAUGUUGGCAGAGGUAGAGGCGCAGAUUGGGCGACUAGAAUCGCAGUACGACGCGUCGGUCGCAGAGAAGGCCGAACUGGAGGCCGCCAUGGACCAAUGCAACGCCAGGCUCGGCCGCGCCGGGCACCUCACGCUGGCGCUCGGCGACGAACAGAUUCGAUGGGAGCACACUGUUCAAAUGCUUGGAGACGAAAUAUACCAUCUAACUGGAGAUGUCCUAAUUGGUGCAGCAUGUGUAGCUUACGUGGGCGCUUUCACAAGUGAAUACAGAGAAGAACUAAUAGAGUACUGGGUCAAAGUACUUGCUGACCUGAAAAUACCAGCGUCUGAGAAAUUCAGUUUGAUCAAUGUUUUGGCUGAUCCUUAUGAUAUAAGAAUGUGGAUAUCGUUCGGUUUGCCAAGAGACAGUGUCUCCACUGAGAACGCCAUUCUGGUCACUCAAGCUGGCAGGUGGCCGCUCUUGAUAGAUCCUCAAGAACAGGCCAACAGAUGGAUACGAAAUAUGGAAUCAGAGAAUGAUCUAAAAGUUAUCAAACUCACUGAUAAGAAUUUCCUUAGGGUGUUGGAAAGCGCGAUUCGCGUUGGAUAUCCCGUUCUGUUGGAGGAAGUUGGUGAAACGUUAGAUCCAAUCCUAGGACCCAUAUUGCUGAAGCAGCUUUUUCUCGUGAACGGGCAACCAAUGAUUCGACUGGGUGACUCGGAUGUGGAAUAUGACAGAAAUUUCCGGCUUUAUGUGACCACUAAAUUGGCAAAUCCACACUACUUGCCUGAAGUGUGCAUCAAAGUCACUUUGGUCAAUUUCACUGUCACUCCAUCAGGCGUUGAAGAUCAGCUGCUAGCAGACGUUGUUCGAUUAGAGAGGCCAGAUCUUGAGAAGCAGAGGAACGAACUAAUAAUUAGAAUCAAUAACGAUAAAGGCCAACUAAAAAGCAUAGAAGACAAGAUUUUAAAACUUCUGUUUGCUUCCAAAGGAAAUAUUCUCGAUGAUGAGGAACUAAUUGAAACGCUGAAUGAGAGCAAGGAAACAUCGAAUUAUAUAGCGACCAGAUUGGUUGAGGCUGAGCAAACGGAAGGCAGCAUUUCUGUUGCCAGAGAAAAGUAUCGAAGUGUGGCUUCGCGAGGUGCCUGCCUCUACUCAGUUGUUAGUACCCUCGCCGACAUUGACCCCAUGUACCAGUUCUCUCUCAAAUAUUUCACAUUGAUAUUCAAUCAAGUUAUUGAAAGUAGCAAGAAAUCAAGCCAACUGAAAGAGAGACUGCAAAUACUACUGGACCAGAUAACGCUUUCCGUUUACACGAAUGUCUCAAGAGGCCUGUUUGAGAGACACAAACUGAUUUUCAGCUUUCUCUUGUGUGUGAAUAUAUUCAGAGAAGCCGGAGACAUUUCAAUCGCCGAAUGGAACUUUCUCAUAAGAGGUCCUGUUGCUAGUAAAAUUCAUAUACCAAAGAAGCCAGAUCUGCCUACAUUGUCGGAAGCUAGUUGGUUCGCUGUAAAUUACCUAUCGACAACAUUUGAAGGUUUUGAAACAUUGCCAAGUGAUUGCAUCUCCUCAAAAAUUGUGAUUAGCUUUGGAGAUUUCUCAGAGACUAUCAGCAUUGACAAUUCAAAAGCAGAAGAAAGCAGAACCAAUUGGAGCAAUAAAUUGAAUCUGUUCCAAAAGUUGAUGGUGCUUAGAUCACUGAAAGAAGAAAAGUUGGUAUUUGCUAUCACUGAAUAUGUCAAACUACAAAUGGGCCAAGAUUUUGUCGAAAGUCCUCUGGUUAACCUCCAUGUGCUAUACAAGGACACGUCGAACAUCACACCGUUGGUGUUUGUGCUGAGUACAGGCUCGGAUCCCGUGGCAGGUUUCCUGCGAUUCGCGGCUGAAGCGGGUGCUUCCGAGAGAAUCCAGUCGAUCUCGCUGGGUCAGGGCCAGGGACCCAUAGCCGAGAAAAUGAUCCAGUCUGGAGUCAAAAAUGGAGAAUGGGUUUUCCUACAGAACUGUCACCUGGCGUCGUCUUGGAUGCUGUCGAUGGAGCGCAUUGUGAUUGGCCUAAUACAGAAUGCACGCGAAGUGCACAACGACUUCCGUCUGUUCCUCAGUUCGAUGCCGACCAACAAAUUCCCAAUCUCUGUGCUGCAGAACUCGGUCAAGGUCACUAACGAGCCGCCGCGUGGACUGCGCUCCAACGUCAAACGUGCUUUCAUCGACUUGCAACAAGAUUAUUUCCAUGACCACCCACUCCAAGAGAGUUGGCGCAAGAUGAUUUUUGGAAUAUGCUUCUUCCACGGUGUGAUUCAAGAAAGAAAGAAGUUUGGUCCCCUCGGCUGGAAUAUUUCGUACGAGUUCAAUGAUAGUGAUCGCGAAUGUGCCUUGCUCAAUCUGCAAUUGUUUUGCAGUGAUCACUAUGUCAUACCAUGGGAUGCCUUGGAGUAUACUACAGGAGAGAUCACUUAUGGUGGAAGAGUAACUGAUUACUGGGAUCAGAGAACUUUGAAAACUAUUCUCAAGUUUUUCUUCUCUCCAACAAUUUUAGAGCCUGAUUACAAGUAUUCGAAAUCAGGAACCUACUAUUGUCCAGAAAGUGAUGAAUGCAAUACACUUGAAAGCUACCGGACCUUUAUUGAACAACUUCCCAUCAUUGAAGAGCCUGAAAUUUUUGGAAUGCAUGAGAAUGCAAAUAUUUCAUUUCAAGCGAAAGAAACUCAAACAGUUCUAUCGAUGAUAUUGUCAGUGCAAUCCAAGGAGGCAGUGUCCCUUGCAGGGAAGUCCAAUGACGAUAUGGUGUAUGAGUUAGCUGAAACUCUGGCUGGUAAACUGAUUAUAAAAAUUGAAGAAGAAGAUGCUCAUCCCCAUGUUAUGAGACGUGACUCACAGGCGAGAUUGGCACCGCUGACCACGGUUUUGAAACAAGAGAUUGAAAGAUUCAACAGCCUCCUAAAAGUUAUUCAUAGAUCACUUUCUGAGUUGAAGAAAGCUAUCAAAGGAUUUGUUGUCAUGAAUGAUGCUUUGGAAGGGAUGCAUAUUUCUUUUUUGAACAAUCAGGUUCCUGAAAUGUGGGCAAGGAAAGCAUAUCCAUCGCUGAAAAGUUUAAGCUCUUGGAUUCAUGAUUUGGAGCUUCGGCUGGAUUUCAUAACUACUUGGUUGAAGUUUGGACCUCCACCGUCGUUCUGGUUGCCUGGCUUCUUUUUCCCACAAGGCUUCAUGACAGGUUGCCUUCAGACUCACGCUCGAAAAAACAAUUUUCCAAUUGAUCAGCUGAUAGUCGACUUUACUGUGUGUCCAAUUUUUAUUGAUCAAGAAGAAAUAAAACUUGCUCAUGAUGAAUCCAAUGCGGAGGUAACAGAAGCUUAUGGAAAUGUGCAUGUGCCAGAGGAAGGCCAACUGGUGCAUGGAUUGUUCAUUGAUGCAGGUCGAUUCGAUGUUGAAAAAAUGCUGCUUGUUGAUCCGAAGCCAGGUGAACUGAAUCCAUUGCUGCCAUGUAUGCACUUGAUCCCUGUAACUGAAUUGAAAAACACAGAAUCUCGAUACGUGGCACCAUUAUACAAAACAGCGACGCGCGCAGGUGUGCUGAGUACGACAGGCCACAGCACCAACUUUGUAGUGCCUGUCCUACUCCCCACUGACAAGCCUCACAGCUAUUGGAUCAUGAGGGGCACUGCUCUCCUUACUGGUAUUGCCCAGUAGAAGCUAUUGCAAAUGGCUGUGAUUCUCCUGCGAAAACUGCAGUUUCAUAAUGGAAAUCAUUUUGUGUAUUUUCUGAAAUGUUCUCUCUGCUGUCAUUAUUUUUAUAAUUCUUUCAUUUUUUGGAAAGUUGGUUAUAUUAGGUGGAUUUUUGAAAUAUCAAAUUCUUUUUCAUAUGUGUUUAUUAUUUAUAUCUACAUUAUUGCUGUAACUUUUGCAAAUAAUUAUUUGAACUGGUAAAACCAUGUAUCAGUGUUGCAGUUAUUUAUACUAUAUAUAUUAUAUUAUAUAAAUAAAACUUUUAUA